UAUACAUGCAGUAAUAACGCUACUCGUGACCCAGAGAAACGGUUCAUUUCCUAAAAUCAUCACAAACAACGAUCCACAAAAGAGGGAUGAAUUGCUGUCUACUGAACACCGUAAACUGGUUUCAUCAUCACAUUAUCUCGUGAGGAUUUAACAGAAGAAAAAGCACAAUUCACCCGUGUGUGUGGCGUCCACUUUAUAUCUGGUAACCUCCCGGUUAUUGCUGUGACAGUUUUACCACCCCACUGGUAAUUAUUAGAAAUCAUCAUCCUGGCUCAGCUGCUCAGGGGGAAGCAGCAGCGUUUCGCAGGAUGUUCAAAUGCCAAGGAGGACGAGUGAAGCUGCACUACUGUUUGACAGUGCUGUCUGGACUCGUGGAGAGUUUGUUCUUCACAGGGGUUGUCUUCGGCUGGGCUUCUCUGGUGUUUGUGCUGAAAGUUGAUGGAUACUUUGCUGGAUACUGCACCAAUGUCACCAGAGAGGAAGACAAUGCUGUGUAUAUAGAUUGCAGUGGUCAGGAUGAGCACUUCUCUUGGAUCAUGUCUGUCGCUUCCAUCUCCAACACAAUAAUACGCUUCCCCAUUGGAUACAUCUUCGACCGUUGUGGAACCGCAGUGGCAAGGCUGAUAGCUUUAUCUUUGUACACCACUGGCACACUGCUAAUAACACUGUCAAAUACAGAGACGUCGGUGUUGCUGUACCCUGCGAUUGCAUGUCUUGGUAUUGCUGGAUCAACCCUCUACAUCACCAAUGUUCAGGUGGGGAACCUGUUUAACUGCUAUCGCUCAACCAUCAUCACAAUCUACAACGGGGCCUAUGAUUCCUCUGCUGUCGUCUUUCUCAUCAUAAAGCUGCUGCAUGAAAAAGGAGUGUCUCUUUAUGCAUGUUUUCUCUUCCUAACCUUGUGCAGCAUAAUUCUCCUCCUACGUACCUUCUUCUUAAUGCCCAGAGGGCAUAUCCCCUACCCGCUGCCAGAAACAUACACUUAUGGAGUAAGCUGCCCCGGCCGAAGGAGGGGAAAACGAGGGAAAGAGGAGAACAACGAGGAAGAAAUAAAGGAAUUAGAUGUAAAGAGGAAUAAAAAGAACAAGACAGCAGAGGCAUCUGCCUUGCAUCUGCUCAAACCACCGCAUGAGCCCAAGCAAGAGGAAGCUAGUUUCCGUAGCUGUGUGUUGUCCUGGCUCUUCCUGUGGCACCUGGUGUGGGUGGUCAUCACACUCCUCUGUCAGUUCCUCUUCUUAUCUAACGUCAACUCCAUGCUCACACGGCUGUCCAAUAAUGAUCAAACCUUGGUGAGUCACUACACCAAUGCCUUUGCCCUCACCCAGCUGUGCGGAGUGCUGAUUGCACCCAUAAACGGCCUCAUUCUGGACAGACACAAGCGCAGGCCUCUGACUCAAGGAAAGACCAAGCGGGAAGAAGACCUGCAUUCAACCCCUCUCGCCCUCUUCUUGUCCUCGCUGCAGUGUUUCUUCUUCUGUGUGUGUUUCACCUGUCCUGUCCUCCCUCUGCAGUACCUCACCUUCAUCCUGCAGGUUGUCAACAGCUCCUUCUUUUACGGGGGACACCAAGCUUUUCUCUGCAUUGCCUUCCCAAUGUGUCAUUUUGGGAAGCUGUCAGGGAUGGUGAUGACAUUAUCAACUCUGGUGCUGCUUCUCCAGUUUCCAAUCCAACAUGUCAUCCAGCACCAGCUCCACGGCGAUCCGCUCUAUAUAAAUGUGGGUGUCACCUUGGUGUCUCUGCUCACCUUUAUUCACCCGGUUCACGUCAGCCUCUACUGUAAAAAGCUGGCCAAACAGAGGAAGACAGAACAAGAAGGGAAUGAUCAAGAAUCAGCAAAAUGUUGACAUUAUCCGGUGUGUCCAAAUAAUUCAUAUGGAUGCGGCAGUUUCCCCUUUUGAACUAGUGGAAGUGCUUUUGCAUGUUUUAGUUCAUAAUGUUUUGUUGUACGGACGCCUGCCUGUCCGUAUCUCAGGAAACACCAGGAGUGCCUUCAAAUUUGGCACAAAUGUCCUGUCGACAUCCAGCCAGGGAGCCAUAGCAGGUGACCCUGGGGACCUGGGCAUCGCAGUUGGCCUUGCUGCUGCGUUGGUGACAUGAAUAAUAAUAAUUGAAAAUAAAUGCCCACAUUUUGAGUUUGCUGUAUCUCCUGCCUCUGCGUCCUUAUGGUCUUGACCGUUCCAAAGGUCGAUCCAACAUGUCCACUAACAUGACUCAAGAAUGAAUGAUUGAUUAGAAUUUGGUUCACAAAAGGUAAAAGGUCAAGGUCACUGUGACCUCACAAAACACACUUUUGGCCAUAACUUGAUGCCGGUUUUUAAUGACUGUUAAGUCAAAGCAAAUGUAUCUAGGUCUAAAAAUAUCCAUUAUGACAUUUGAUUAAAUGUGAUUGUCUCAAACCUUUGACCUUGAAUAAAAAUGAGAUGUAAACCUUUGAGUAAUGCUGUGUUCUAACCAAAAAUGGAGACUGAAUUAACCUAGUUUAUUCCAGCAGUAUGAACUCAAAAUAAACAGAUUUUGCUGUGAUUAACUUGUACUAAACGCAUCAAACGGAUGCCGAAGUAACUGCAUCAUGAUGCCGGGUUGUAAAAGGUCUGAAUUCAUGUUUUGUUUGGAUCGA